AUGGAGAACGAUAUAUUGGAUUCCCUCAAUGAUUUGGGCUAUGAAGGACCAUUAACAGAUGAGGUUGCAUUGGCAAAAGCUCUUGAUGCUGGCCCAAAGUCUCUUGAGUACACAAAGCUCAUCCACAUAUUGGCUGAAGAACUGAAGAAGCUAUGCCAACUUGAAGAGACUGUGAACAUGAUGAAUGAUCCAGAUGAAUCUAGCUCUUUUCUGUUGGAAUUGAGCUCGUUCUUGAAGGAGUUAGGAUGCCCUUAUAAGAACUUAGUUACAGGUCACAUGUCCUCGCGAUUGCAAACCAAGGAGGAUAGGGUUCUGCUAUUGGAUUACUUAAUAUCGGAGUUAAUGGCAGCUAGGAUGGUACAGGUGGACCGUCCAAAGGAAAAGAUUGGAUCUACUAUGAAUAUUAUAAUGCAAGAAUCACCAACUGCAAAGGAUCUGAAAGAUAUAUUAAUUAGUUUAAAAUUUAAUAAGCCACCACCAAAUAUCACAGCAGAAAUGCUCUUCUCAAAGUUAGAGGCAAAGUUGAAAGACACCAUUCAAAAAGAAGGUGACCAGCUAGUUGGUAAACCUCUAUACAACAAGGCUUUAACGGAGAAAGAUUGGAAACAGCUGGAAACUACCUAUACUGAAAUGUUCGAAGAGUAUCGUCUCAGAAGAGAGACGCUCAUUACUAGACUUGAAUGCACAAUCCAGAGUUUUGAGUGGUCCGACCGUCUUAAGACCAAGAAAGAUCUCAUCCAGUCGGCCUACCGGCCGAAACGCGAGCAACUUAAAGUGAAACCGGACGUCCGGUUGUCCGAUUUCCUGGCCGCCCGGACGUCGUUGCUGCUAGUGGAGAAAACGUCAAAUGCUAAUGUUAGGAAAAAUACACAAACUGACAUCAACAAAGUUAUUAUCGGGCAGGUACCUGACCGUGGUGGAAGACCCAAUGAGCAGCAGCCUCCUCCACCAGAAAUGCCUUCAUGGCAACAGAGAGCACCUGGAGGACAGGGUGGCGGUCGCGGGGGCGGAAGUGGAGGUGGAGGGGGUAACAGGGGUGGUCGUGGUGGGGGGAGAGGUGGACGCGUGCAAGGAGGAUACAGUCAAGCGUCUGGUGAUCAGGGCAGACCGCAGACGAGCCCUGCCUCGAUGAAUCAUAACCAACGCAACUACCAAACUUUCGAAGUCCCACCGGGCGGUUAUAACCAAAACCAGGGUGGUUACAGCCAGAACCAAGGCGGUUACAACGGCAACAACCGCGGCGGCUACAACCAAGGCGGAUUCAAUCAGAACAGCGGCUACAACCAAGGCGGUUACGGCCGGAACCAUAGUGGUUACGGGCAAAAUCAAGGUGGUUAUGACCAAAAUAGAGGCGGCUACGACAACAAUAGCGGUGGUUACAACCAGAACUAUAAUAAUCAAGGCGGGGGUAGCGGUUACAAAACUUACAAUCAGGGUCAGAACUACUCCCAGGGUCAAGAUUACCAGCGCGGUUACCAAAACGAACACGACGACCGCGACAGAAGAGGACGGGGCAAUUAUAGAGGUAGACGUUGA